CAAAGAACAAGAGAAUACACAGAUCCACUUUGUACCAGCCUUUAUCGACCAACGACUCUUUAACCUACACAUACCCCCCUCGUCCUCUUUUCCCCCACUCUCUCUCUUUCUCUCUCUCUCUCUCUCUCUCUCUCUCUCUCUGAGAAAUUAAUCAUGGCUACUAAAAAUAAGAUGAAUGGAAACUCAGAGGAUCAUAGCUUCGAGGUUCCAGAAAUAAAGAUUAAGUAUACCAAGCUCUUCAUUAAUGGCCACUUCGUAGACUCUGUUUCUGGGAAGACAUUCGAGACGAGGGAUCCGCGCACGGGCGAGGUGAUUGCUAGAAUCGCCGAAGGCGACAAGGAAGAUGUGGACUUGGCGGUGAAGGCCGCUAGAGAGGCCUUCGAUCAUGGCAAGUGGCCACGCAUGUCCGGCUACGAGAGAGGACGGAUCCUGAUGAAGUACGCGGAGUUGAUCGAGGAAAACGUGGAGGAGCUGGCGGCGCUGGACAGCGUGGACGCGGGGAAGCUGUUCGGGGCGGGGAAGCUGAUCGACAUCCCGAGCGCGUCGCACCUGCUGCGGUACUACGCGGGCGCGGCGGACAAGGUCCACGGGGAGACGCUGAAGAUGUCGCGGGAGCUGCAGGGCUACACGCUGAAGGAGCCCGUCGGGGUGGCGGGGCUGAUCAUCCCCUGGAACUACCCCACCACCAUGUUCUUCUUCAAGGCCGCCCCCGCCUUGGCCGCCGGCUGCACCCUCGUCGUCAAGCCCGCCGAGCAGACCCCCCUCUCCGCCCUCUUCUAUGCCCGUCUCGCCAAACAGGCUGGGAUUCCUGAUGGAGUGCUCAAUGUCAUCACCGGCUUCGGCCCUACAGCUGGCGCCGCCGUUGCUUCUCACAUGGACAUCGACAAGGUUAGUUUCACUGGCUCGACCGAAGUGGGCCGAUUAGUUAUGGAGGCUGCAGCAAAGAGCAACUUGAAGUCUGUCUCACUCGAAUUAGGCGGUAAAUCCCCGUUGAUUAUUUUCGACGAUGCCAAUGUCGAUAUGGCCGUUAAUCUAGCCCGCAUGGCCAUUUUCACCAACAAGGGAGAAGUUUGUGUAGCGGGCUCUCGCGUUUAUGUUCAAGAAGGGAUCUACGACGAGUUUGUAAAGAAGGCGGCGGAGAGCGCGAAAAAUUGGGUGGUUGGAGACCCCUUCAAUCCUCGUGUUCAGCAGGGGCCUCAGGUCGAUAAGAAACAAUUUGAGAGAGUUCUAAAGUACAUCGAGAGCGGUACGAGAGAGGGAGCUACUUUACUUACCGGAGGGAAGCCCUGUGGUGAUAAAGGAUACUACAUCGAACCAACAAUUUUUAUCGAUGUCAAGGAUGAUAUGUCGAUCGCACAAGAUGAAAUUUUUGGCCCCGUGAUGUCUCUUAUGAAGUUCAAGACAAUCGAAGAGGCGAUACAAAAAGCGAACAAUACAAGAUUUGGAUUAGCAGCUGGGAUUGUGACCAAGGAUCUGAACAUAGCGAACAGGGUCUCAAGAUCGAUUCGUGCAGGUUCAAUCUGGAUAAACUGCUACUUUGCUUUCGACGCAGAUUGUCCGUUCGGCGGCUAUAAGAUGAGCGGGUUCGGAAAGGACAUGGGCUUGGAUGCCCUCGACAAGUAUCUCCACACGAAAUCGGUCGUCACGCCCUUAUAUGAUUCUCCGUGGCUUUAAUGUAACUCUGCUAGAAUGAAAACUAUCCAACAGGUUAAUUCUCCAAAUAGAUGAAGUAAUCACUACACAUCUUUGCCUAUCUUUUAUGCUAUCUCAUUGGGUGUUAUGUACUUAUGAUUUGAGAACUCGUAAGAAAUGAAUAAGUGCAGUUCAAUUCCUUUGUA